AUGAGUAAAUGGCCGCCCAGUGCGAGAUUCCCCUAUGGAUACGGCAAGGUGGACACCUUGUCAGGGUUUGCCAAUGGCAUCUUCCUCAUGUGCGAUCUUCCCACUACAGCUUUCUAUGGUCCAUCACUGACUCCUCGCAGGAUCAUUAGCAUUGAAAUCAUCUACGAGGCGGUGGAGAGACUAUCGUCCGGCAGUCAGAUGCAUCGCCUAGGCGAGCUUCUCGUCGUGAGUGUUGCAGGUCUUCUCGUGAACCUGGUCGGUAUCAUGGCAUUCGAUCAUGCCCACCACCACGGCCAUGGACAUGACCACGACCACUCCCACGGAAAUGAGAACAUGCACGGCAUCUUCCUCCACAUCCUUGCCGAUACCCUCGGAUCUGUGGCCGUUGUUAUCUCGACCGUUCUGGUCCACUACUCGGGCUGGGCCGGAUACGACCCCAUUGCUUCUUGCAUGAUUGCCAUUUUGAUCUUCGCGUCGGCUAUCCCUCUUGUCAGCAGCACUGCUAAAUCGUUGCUUCUUACUCUACCGGCGGACGUGGAAUACAACGUUCGCGAUACCCUAGGUGGCGUGAGCAACUUGAGAGGCGUUGUGGGAUACACUGUCCCUAAGUUCUGGUUGGACGACACGGCAGCCUCGGGCGAUGAUCAUCAUCACCAUGGUCACGGCCACGGCCACGGCCACAGUCACGAUCACUGUCAUGACCACGGCCAUUCUCAUAGCCAUCACGAUCAUUCGCACUCCCACUCUCACGAACAUAGCCACUCUCAUGAUCACUCUCACUCUCAUGACCACGAAAAGACCAACCCCAACGUCCUCGGCGUUAUUCACGUCAUUGCAUCUCGCACUGCAGAUCUCGAAGAUGUUCGACAACGAACCGUUGAUUUCCUCCGGGAGAAGAACAUGGAUAUUCUGGUACAGGUGGAACGCGAAGGCGACGGACGAUGCUGGUGUGGUGGUGGCAAUAAAUCGUCUUGA